AUGGCCGAGGCACUUCCAUUGGAAACAUUGGAAUCAAAGAUAAUUGGUCACUUAGUUGGUCAUUAUCAGGUCGAUGAUCAAGUUGCAAAAUCGAUUUUCGAUGCAACGAUGAAUUUAUAUCAUCGUGUUCCGACGAUAACCGAUUUAAAUGAAUUAAAUUCCAUUGAUAAACGAAUGUUAUAUUGUUUAAUCUAUAUCAUUUGCGAUUAUUGUGAUAAUACACGAUCGACAAAAGUGUAUUUUAAUGCUAUGAUGUUUAUUUUCAACAAUGGCAAUGCCGAUGCUGAAUAUGCGUUUAACCAAUGGUUAGGUCAUGAAACACAAGUACAAAAUAUUACCAAGGGAUUAAAAGUCUUGAUCUAUUUUCUUGAAGCUUUACGAGAAUAUUUUAAAACAGCAAAUGUUCAAUCGUACGAUAACUUCAAGGAUAUAUUUAAAUCGAUGAAUAAUAAUAUCCGGUUACUCGAUGAUGUAAUAAAAGAAAGACGACGAACUGACCGAAUGCCAAUGAUUAAUAAAAUCAAAAAUAAUUUUGAUUCAUUUAUGUAA